AUGAUACUUUGCGAACUAUCCAUGCAGAGGGAGCCAAGCGUCUCGAAAACAGACACACACUGUGACUGUGCUGCUGUGGAUUAUUUUGCCGAAAUUCGAUAGUCACUCGUCGGCAUAGAAAAUUGCAAAAGUUUUUCUCGUUGGAUCGUUCAUAAACCCUGCAAAAUAAUGGCCGUCGAACAGAGGAUCUCGGGCGUCAAUCCCAUGGGUGGUCUGCUGUACCCGGACUGGCAGCACGCCGAGCACAGCACCGGUACUUCAAUUAUGGCAUGCGAAUUUAAUGGAGGAGUUGUCAUUGGAGCUGACUCACGUUCAACUACUGGAGCUUAUGUUGCUAAUCGUGUAGCUGACAAGCUAACCAAAGUCACAGAUUACAUAUACUGUUGUCGUUCUGGAUCAUCCGCUGAUACACAAGCUAUAUCAGAUAUUGUUAACUAUCACUUAGCUUUUCACAGAAUGGAGCUUGGUACAGAACCUAGGGUAGAAACAGCUGCAAAUGUAUUUAGGGAACUUUGUUAUAAUUAUCGUGACUCUCUGAUGGCUGGCAUUUUGGUCGCCGGCUGGGACCAAUACAAAGGAGGUCAAGUGUACAGUGUUCCUCUAGGAGGUAUGUGCGUUAGACAACCAAUUUCCAUCGGUGGUUCUGGAUCCAGUUACAUUUAUGGCUACGUCGAUGCCAACUACAAGCCUAGUAUGGAUAAGGAACAAUGCGUUGAAUUAGUUAAAAACUCUCUUGCUCUCGCCAUGUCGCGCGACGGAAGCAGCGGCGGAGUUAUCAGAAUAGGCGUAAUAACCGAAAACGGCAUCGAACGCUCCGUAGUUAUGGGCGACAAAUUGCCCAAAUUCUACGAAGGAUAAAUAUCACUAAUUUUAAUACAAAAAUAUGCUUGCAUUGCGAUACUGAAAGGUUUCUAUCGUUAAAUUUAAUUUUACGUUUCAUAAAUAAAUAAUUUUUGAAAAAUAA